AGCAGAGCGAGGAUGCUGCUCUUUAAUUGGAGCAGUGAGGGCUCCUCCUCGUGUCCCACACACUCCUGACUGCGAAGAACCCGGACCAGGUGAACGCUCCUGCCGUCACUCACCCGCUCCGAGUCACCUCCAGGAGAAGCUCCGCGUCCGAGUCUCGCCAUCCAGUGGAGUAGCAAGCAUGUCGAAGGGACCAGCCAUCGGUAUUGAUCUGGGCACCACCUACUCCUGCGUGGGAGUUUUCCAGCAUGGAAAAGUGGAAAUCAUCGCCAACGACCAGGGCAACAGGACCACGCCCAGUUACGUUGCUUUCACCGAGACGGAGAGGCUGAUUGGGGAUCCGGCCAAGAACCAGGUGGCGAUGAAUCCAACCAACACAGUGUUUGAUGUGAAGCGCCUGAUUGGACGUCAUUUCGAUGACUCCCUGGUGCAACUUGACAUGAAGCACUGGCCCUUCAAAGUGGUGAAUGAUCACUCCAGACCCAAAGUUCAGGUGGAGCACAAGGGAGAAACAAAGUCUUUCUAUCCGGAGGAGAUCUCCUCCAUGGUGCUGCUGAAGAUGAAGGAGAUCGCGGAGGCGUACCUGGGCAAGACCGUGAACAACGCGGUGGUGACGGUCCCAGCAUACUUUAAUGACUCGCAGCGGCAGGCGACCAAAGACGCCGGAGUCAUCGCUGGACUCAACGUUCUUCGCAUCAUCAACGAGCCGACAGCCGCCGCUAUUGCUUAUGGGCUGGAUAAGAAGGUUGGAAGCGAACGUAACGUCCUCAUCUUCGAUCUGGGCGGCGGCACCUUCGACGUCUCCAUCUUGACCAUCGAGGAUGGCAUCUUCGAGGUGAAGUCCACUGCGGGCGACACUCACCUGGGCGGCGAAGACUUUGACAACCGCAUGGUCAACUUUUUCAUCGGCGAGUUCAAACGUAAGCACAAGAAGGACAUCAGCGACAACAAGAGGGCGGUGCGGCGCCUGCGCACGGCCUGCGAGCGGGCCAAGCGCACGCUGUCCUCCAGCACUCAGGCCAACAUCGAGAUCGACUCUCUGUUCGAGGGCAUCGACUUCUACACGUCCAUGACCAGAGCCCGCUUCGAGGAGAUCAACGGGGACCUGUUCCGCGCCACGCUGGACCCGGUGGAAAAAGCCCUGCGUGACGCCAAGUUUGACAAGGGCAAAAUAAAUGACGUGGUUUUGGUCGGUGGCUCCACUCGAAUCCCAAGGAUCCAGAAGCUGCUGCAGGAUUUCUUCAACGGUAAAGAGCUGAACAAGAGCAUCAACCCGGACGAGGCCGUGGCCUAUGGCGCAGCUGUCCAGGCCGCCAUCUUGUCUGGAGACCAGUCUGAGAAUGUCCAGGACCUGCUGCUGUUGGAUGUCAGCCCCUUGUCUCUGGGCAUCGAGACCGCAGGAGGGGUCAUGUCCGUGCUCAUCAAGAGAAACACAACCAUCCCUUGCAAGCACAGCGAGGUUUUCACAACCUACUCCGACAACCAGCCCGGCGUCCUCAUUCAGGUGUUUGAGGGAGAGAGAGGCAUGACCGCUGACAACAACCUUCUGGGAAAGUUUGAGCUCGCUGGAAUCCCACCAGCACCAAGGGGUGUCCCCCAGAUCACUGUGACCUUUGACAUUGAUGCCAACGGGAUCAUGAAUGUGACUGCGGCGGACAAGAGCACCGGCAAGGAGAACAAGAUCACCAUCACCAAUGACAAAGGUCGCCUGAGCAAGGAAGACAUUGAGCGAAUGGUCAACGAAGCCGAGAGGUACAAGAACGAGGACGAUAAGCAGAGAGAAAAGGUGGCGGCGAAGAACAACCUGGAGUCUUACGCCUUCCACAUGAAGUCCUUUGUCGAGGACGAUAAGGUGAAAGGAAAGAUCAGCGAUGAAGACAAAAACAAGAUUCUGGAGAAGAUCAAAGAGGUCAUCGCCUGGCUGGACGUCAACCAGUCUGCAGAGAAGGAGGAGUUUGACCAUCAGCGGAAGGAGCUGGAGUCCCUGUGUAACCCCAUUGUCACCAAGAUGUACCAAGAUGCUGGAGGAGUGCCGGGGGGGAUGCCAGGGGGGAUGCCCGGAAGCUUCCCGGGAGCCGGAGCUUCAGCCGGAGGAGGAGCCUCCUCUGGUCCCACCAUCGAGGAGGUCGACUAAUCCUGCUCACAGCACAGUCUCCAUCAGUCUGCAACUCAUUCUCCAUCCGUUGUGCAAGUGUCUCGCUGCAGUUUGUGACUGGGGCUUGUAUGAAAUAAAGAGAAGGUUCAGAAUAA